ACCUGUUGCCGGAUAAACGCGACCAAGCAUCUCCAAAAUAUUCAGUUUCAUUUUGAGUGCGGAACAAGAUACAACGUUCUCGUUGACGCUAUCCAUCUUAUUAUCACCAUUGAGUUGCGGUUUCAUACCAAUUUGAUUUUAAUACUGAUUUUGCUGGUUAGAAGUAAUAAUUUCCGAGCCAUGAAAUCGUUUGUCACCGUACCCGAAAAUAGUGAUUUUCCAAUCCAGAAUCUGCCCUACGGUGUGUUCUCAACCAAGGAGGAUUCCCGUCACCGCCUAGGAGUCGCUAUCGGAGAGCAUGUUCUGGACCUGGGUGCUGUGAAGAGCUUCUACCCCGUGCAGUUCCAUGAUGCUCUGACGUCAACCGUCCUCAAUCCGCUCAUGUCCCUCGGGUACGAAGCAUGGAGCGAAGUGCGGCGCAUUACCCAAAACCUGCUACUAGAGGGAUCGGAGCUCCACAAGAAUACGAAUCUUCAGAGUACAGCCCUCGUCCCGUUGUCUUCCGUACAAAUGCAUUUGCCGGCCAACAUUGGCGAUUACACUGAUUUCUAUUCGUCCAUCCACCAUGCAACUAACGUCGGAAUCAUGUUCCGUGGCAAAGACAACGCUCUGAUGCCCAACUGGAAGCACCUUCCCGUCGGAUAUCACGGUCGGGCCAGUUCAGUGGUCGUGUCGGGAGCUCCCAUCCGCAGACCAUUUGGCCAAACCCUGCCGGUUGAUGGAGCGGAUCCGGUAUUCGGUCCGUGCCGUUUGUUUGACUUUGAGUUGGAAAUGGCAUUCUUUGUCGGAGGCUCUCCAACUGAACUUGGUGAACGUGUUACAACCGAAGAAGCGGCUAAGCGUGUCUUCGGAUUUGUGCUGAUGAACGAUUGGAGCGCUCGAGACAUUCAGAAGUGGGAAUACGUGCCAUUGGGACCAUUCACUGCCAAGAACCUUGGAACAACAAUUUCACCAUGGGUUGUGCCAGUAGCAGCGCUCGAACCAUACAAGGUGGAAAAUUUCCCUCAAGAACCUCAACCAUUCCCGUACCUUCGCCACGAGCAGAAAUUCAACUUCGACAUCAAACUAGAAGUGGACAUUAAGCCCGCUAAAGGUGCCUCGACUACUGUCUGUCGAUCCAACUAUAAAAACCUGUAUUGGACAGCGUUGCAGCAAAUCGCGCAUCACACUGUUACUGGCUGUAAUUUGAACCCGGGCGAUUUGAUGGCAUCAGGUACGAUCAGUGGCGAUGCGUCGGACUCAUUUGGAUCAAUGCUGGAGUUGAGCUGGAAGGGCACUAAACAGGUUCAACUGCUAGGUGGAGAAAGUAGAAAAUUUCUACAGGACAAUGAUGAAGUGGUGAUUCGUGGUCACUGCCAGAACGACGAUGUGAGAAUAGGCUUUGGCACGUGCAGUGGAGUAGUACUACCAGCAAAACCGUUCGAAUAGAAUUCGAAAGGUCUUCAUAUUGUUACUGUUAUGAUGUCUCAACCUCAACCAGAUUAAUAAAAGGGUAAAUGCAGAUCUAUUAUUUCGAACAA